AUGGUUAUUGGUGGCCAGAAUGAGGGGGUUAACUUGAGCUCUGCUGAGGUUUUGUAUCCAGGCUCUCAGACGUGGACAGUGUUGCAAUCCAUGCAAGAAUCACGUGGUUCUGCGGCAUCAGUAUUGUAUGGAAAUGAUGUCAUUAUCAGUGGAGGACGGUCCAAUGAAGGUUGUAGUGAUACAAUAGAAAGAUUAUCAUUGGUCUGCAAGCCAUUCAAGUGGAUUCCUUUCCCAGCUGUGAAAUUGCCUAUGAAGAUUUGUGGACAUAAAGUUGUUCUUAUUAAUAACUGUCUUUAUUUGGUUGGUGGAUACGAUGGGGAGAAUUCGUACAAAACCAUUUACAGUAUCUUACUUCAACCCCCAUACACCAUAGAAAUGAAGUGUGAAAUGCCACAGCCAAUCUGUUUUCAUGGUUUGCAAGCUUUUGAAGAAUCCCUGUUCAUAUUUGGGGGAUCAACAUCAAGUUCCAUAGCAAAAGUUGCCACUACUGUGUUAUCAUAUGAUACAGUAAAUGAUAAAUUCACAGAAAUGAGUCCUUUGCCAUUUGCAUGUGGUGAUGUAGCUUCUGUAAGAUGGAAAAACAAUGUGAUCAUACUUGGAGGCACAGCUAAUAAUGGCAUGUCAUUAAACACAGUUAUUUUGUACAAUGUCAAAGGAAACACUCUUAAAAUGUUGCCGUCAAUGAGGUAUGCAAGGUCGUCAUGUGCAGCGACAGUUGCUGGUAACAAAGUUAUUGUGAUGGGAGGUUAUGAUCGCUUUGAAAAGAAAAGUCUUGAUUCUGUGGAAUGUUUUGACCUUGAUCGCCAAGUGUGGGAAGAACUUCCAGUGAUGAAUGAAGCCCGAAGUGAGGCCACUGCUGUGGUCUGUGCUGGACUAUUUUAG